AUGAAGUGUCUGUCCGUGGGCACCCGACAUUCACUGGGCACAACCUCCACUUUGUCUUUGCGACGCUCAUUACUUGAAACUUCGCCCUCUACACCCCAGCUGCGGCACUAUGCCUGCUCUCCGGCUCUCCGGCAGAGACGCGGCACUCAUGAUGCGCCGAGUUCCUCCGAUGAAAUGGCGAAUCCACCACAGGCACAUCCGUUGUCGGGUUACUAUUCCGUGGUUCUGAAUUCUCGUUCUCCUUAUCGUGGUCGCGCACCGACUUCGCGCCCCGCGACCCAUGCGCCCGAAGCAACGUCGACUUCGGAGCCGCAAUCACCCCAAGAGAAGAUGGCCAUUGUGUUCGGAACCCGCCUGGCUGGUCCCGGCCGCUCAUCCCGUUACAAUCCUGGCGAGACUCCUCCCGAAUCGAAGUGGAAGACGGUCAAUGGGGUUCCCAUCCCGCCCCGGCCCGAGGAACCGGACAACUGCUGCAUGAGCGGCUGCGUCCACUGCGUCUGGGACGAUUUCCGGGAUGAAAUGGAAGACUGGGCAACACGUGUCGCGCAGGCUAAAGCGAAGGGUGGAGCCGAGAAAGGGACCAAGGACAUGCGUUUUGGGCCUCGGGCAGAAGUCGACUCCGUCAGCCAGAGCAUGGAUGAUGACGGCGGCGGCAGCGAAGCCAACUGGCCGGCUCCUAGUCCAGAUGAUGAGCUGUUCGCCAACAUCCCUGUCGGAAUUCGCGAGUUCAUGAAGACUGAGAAGAGACUGCGGGCCAAACACCAGCAAGAAGCCGCUGUGUGA